ACAGACAGAUAGAUGCAAUGCACUGAUGAAGACAAAUGCGCCAUCACAUGGUAUUAAUGACGGGCAAUAGGAACAGAAGUGGAGUCGACCCGCAAUAACUAAACCAGUGACGGAACCCGCAUUGCAUCACAGAAUCAAUUCCUGGUCAGUGCACGCGCCUCAUGAUCUGCCGGCUUAAUUACUCCUUUACCUGUCAGCGCGUGCGGUGCACCCUAAUCCGAACCGUUUAGGUGAUGCAUUACCACCGACAAGUAUGUUUUAAGGGAAGCGAUUGGCCAAUUUUUUUUUUUUGAAGUUUAGCCUCCAGUCUGACGCGAAUUCAAAGACGAGCGAGAGGCAUCAGCAACAGGGCACUGCCAAUUCACCAGCGAGGACAAUUAUACAGAAAGUGUCUCGAUCGUAUAGACGAUCCAUUGGGACCGAACAGCACAGACGUCAGUACUCGAUACUGAUUGCGUUGCUCUAAUUGUGUGGGGAUUUCUUACAUUUUUGCGUCAUUAAAUGGAGCGGCGUAGGUGACGUUUGGACUGUUGCGUUCAAGAGGAGCUCUUACCAAGACUAAAAGCCGGCGCGGAAAAAUAUGUAUGGACGCUAUACACAGGAGUUGGGGGCCUAUGCCAAAGAAGAGGCAGCUCGUCUGCGUGAAGAUGGAGCACUGCGGAGGACCACCAGUGUGCGUGGCCAGGCUCCAGAACUGAUGGAGUAUGAGAAGGACUCGUGUGCCAAGUGUCAAGUCUGCACUUCACGGUGUCGGAAGUUCCUGAUUUCCCGUGUGGGUGAAGACUGGAUCUUUCUCAUCCUCCUGGGGCUCCUCAUGGCAUUGGUCAGCUGGGCUAUGGACUACACUAUUGCCUUCUGCCAGCAAGCACAGAAUUGUCUUAGCACAUAUCAAGGGCAAUGUUACGGCAUUAGCUGCAUCAAGGCCAGGGAAGAGCCCUUUGAGGGAAACAAGAAUGAGUUGCGAAACACAGAGAUGCUGUCAGCCGCCUGUGCAGUGGGGGUGGGCUGUUGCUUUGCGGCCCCUAUUGGAGGAGUGCUGUUUAGUAUUGAGGUCACAUCUACGUUCUUUGCUGUGAGGAACUACUGGAGAGGAUUCUUCGCUGCAACCUUCAGUGCCUUUAUCUUCAGGGUGCUUGCAGUGUGGAAUCAGGAUGAGGAGACAAUCACGGCUCUCUUCAAAACGCGCUUUCGUCUGGACUUUCCCUUUGACCUACAAGAGCUUCCAGCUUUUGCUGUGCUCGGGAUUGCCAGUGGUUUUGGAGGGGCGUUGUAUGUCUAUCUGAACAGGAUAAUAGUGGAGUCUAUGAGAAAACAGAAAACCAUCAACAAGUUUUUGCUAAAAAAAAGACUAGUGUAUCCGGCAGUGGUCACUCUUCUUGUCUCUACACUCACCUUUCCUCCAGGGUUUGGACAGUUCAUGGCAGGCCAGCUGACUCAACAUGAGUCACUAGUGGCACUGUUUGACAACCAGACCUGGUACAAGCAAGGUGUUGCUGAGGAGUUUGCAUACUCAAGUCAAGUACCUCAGGCCUGGAAGCAUCCACAAGUCAGUGUGUUCAUCACACUCCUCCUCUUCAUUGUCAUGAAGUUCUGGAUGUCAGCUGUGGCCACAACAAUGCCUGUGCCUUGUGGGGCCUUCAUGCCGGUUUUCCUCAUUGGGGCUGCGUUCGGUCGACUGGUCGGCGAGAGUAUGGCCGCCGUCUUCCCCGAAGGAAUACACGCUGACAACACUGUAUAUCCCAUAGUUCCCGGCGCAUACGCAGUUGUAGGGGCGGCGGCUCUUUCUGGCGCAGUCACUCACACCGUGUCCACCGCCGUCAUUGUGUUCGAGCUGACCGGUCAAAUCUCGCACAUCCUGCCCGUGAUGAUCGCUGUGAUAUUGGCCAAUGCCGUGGCUCAGAAUCUGCAGCCUUCCCUCUAUGAUUCCAUCAUCCGGAUCCAGAAACUUCCCUACCUGCCAGAGCUGGGCUGGGGACAGGAGAAAUAUAAUAUCCGUGUGGAGGACAUAAUGGUGAGAGACGUGCGAUAUAUCACUCUCUCCUCCUCUUACCGGGACCUGCAGGAAGCUCUCAUAACAGGCCAGCUUAAAACCCUGGCCUUGGUGGAGUCCAAAGAGUCCAUGAUCCUGCUGGGCUCUACAGAGCGCUCCCAGCUUCAGUCCCUGCUCUCGCAGCAGCUCAGCCGAGCUCGCAGGCUGGAGUACUUGAGAGAACGUGCUCAGGACAAUGGCACCCAUGUGCCCACCUUCCCCCAAGACUCUCCCUCCAGGACUGGUCAUGGCGUACGUUUCCUGAUCUCCACUGAAGAGUCCUCCUACAGCCCCACACUGACUAACUCCCAGAUCCCCCUCAAGUCUGCUCUGAAGACAGUGUCUGCAAUCAGCAACACAGAGUCAUUAAACAGCUCUCCUAACCUAUCCUCUGGGGAACCUGUGAAGGAGCUAGUAGAGAGCAAUGCUGGCCCCAAGGCUCCUAAGAGGAGCAGGAGGCCCAAGCGUGUGAAGAUACCCAUGGCGGAUACACCUGAUGUUGAAGAUGACAUGUCAACAGCAGAGAUAGCAGAGUGGGAGGAGCAACAGUUGGAUGAGGCUGUUAAUUUCAACAACUGUAAAAUAGACCCUGCACCCUUUCAACUGGUGGAACGGACAUCUUUGCAUAAGACACACACCAUUUUCUCACUACUUGGUCUGGAUCAUGCCUAUGUCACCAGCACCGGACGUCUAGUAGGAGUGGUCUCUCUAAAGGAGUUGCGUAAGGCUAUCGAGGGCUCUGUAACUGUGACCGGAGUGAAAGUCCGUCCCCCGCUGGCCAGCUUCCGUGACAGCGGCAACAACAGCAGCGUCUCAGAGGUCACUGAGCUCCACAAGCUCUGGAGUCGUAACAGGAGCCUGUUGUUGCCACGGGAACCUAACCUCCCCGACCUGGAUGACCAAACGGAGCAGCCGUCCGAGGGCAGCUUGGUGAACGAGACCGAGUGCACAGAGCUGUCCAGUCAGAACAGCCCAUUACACACAGACGACCAGUCAGAGCUGCCCUACGCCGAGGCCACGCCCCAAGAGGAGCACCUAACGCAGCUCCCCUGUGACUGUACCCACCCUCUGGAGGACGGAGGCUCAGAGGCCGUCGGCGAGCAUUGCCCAGCUCCGAUCAAGGAAGCGGUGAGCGAGGGAAUCCCCUCGCCACCAGGGGGCCAGCAGGAAUGACAGCUGCUUGCGGUCGGUAACACACACUCCAUUUACACCAUAAGCGGGAUUGUGAAGUCAGGUUGAGGAGAAACUGGAGGAAGUCUUUAAGCAGUGAAGCACACUCUCUGCUCCGCACUAAUCAAAUCAUCCCUAAUCGCUGAUCCUGCCUUUACACGAAACACGCCGUGUGUGUUUGUAUGUGUGGGAUGUCAUAGAUACGCACUGCAGUAUGAGUGCCACGUGGCUUGGGAUGUGUUUGACGAUGGCUCAUGAGCGAUCGUCUGUUUGUACUUGUGUAUUUGUCAUAAAUGUGGGUGUCUGUUGAUUUGUGGCUUCAUAGCACAUUUCUGUGUUGAUUUAUGUUGAUGAAAUUCAUUUUAAGAAGUUUAUUUUCGAUGAUGUCACGGCGGGUUUUCAUCAUAAACGUGUUUGUUCGUUGAUUUGGGGCUUCAUGGCGUGCGCGUGUGUGUUUCUUCGUCCUCGCGCAAGAGACAGAGUGUGCGUAAGAAAAGCCGUGUGUGUGUGCAAGAGUGACUCCUAGCCAACGCACCCAUCUGGUGCCGACACUUUAAAUCCAAAUAAAAUGGUCUCUGAGAGCCAAACUACAAUUUUGCUCUAAAUAUAGCCCUUAAUAGCCCACACUGCAAGGAAACAUGGAGAGAAAGAGUGGGGGGAAAGAAGGGGAAUGGGUGGGCAAAAGAGGACACAGAAGACAUGGAGAGAACAAGAACAUGAUGCAAAAUGAGCGGAAAAACAGGAAGGAUACAUGAACAUGAGUCGUGGAAAGGCAGGAGAAUGAAUGGGAGAGUGGGGUAAACUGUGCCGCUUUUUACUUAGGUCGUCAACUAGGCAAGAAGAAAUAAGCAAUCAGGGAAAUUAAUAUGCCUGAUUAUAUUUCAGAAUACAUAGGGACACAGAAAUAUGACUUUUUAAGAAAAAUGGUAGAGUGACACGACUUACCCCACAUUAGGGGAAAUAUGUAUGAAUGUUGAGCCAUUAGGGAAUAUUUUAACUAUUUAUUUCAGGUAAAAUAUGAACACUUAAUGAACAUGAAUCUUAUUUCAAAGUCUUAUUUUGAUGCACAAUAUUCACAUUUUCAUAAGGCAACUAGAAAAAUCCAGUGCAUUUGCAUUUUAUGAUAUGAUAUGAGUAUUUGUUUUUUUCCUGUAUUUGGAGGCAAAACUCAUCCUCACUAUGUGCCACUGUCACAUUUUACCCUGAAGCACCUGACACACUUUACCCAAAAGCUAAUAUUUUGGGGAAAACAAAAUAUUCAUUGCUAAAUGUAUUUAUUUAUUCAUGAUGUGAUUUGAUUUGAUGAUACUUAGCAUCUUUGGCAUGGAUACAUUUUUGACGUCAAACUCAUUUUACCAGCCAUGCAGAAAAUUUACUUUGACAUGCAUUUUUUUAACACACAAAAAAAAUUGCUUAUAUGAAUCACAGGCAGCUGAAUACAAUGGCCUUUUUUUUCUUUGAAAACAUGGUCAUUCGACAAAAAUCAUCCAGUUUGCUAGAUUACAGGGGUGGCGCAUCUUACCCCACUCUCCUCUCCAAAACCAACAGUGACUCAUAAAGAGGAGUUUCCAACCAGGGUAGUUUUGAAGCACAUUGUAAUUAUCAUUCAAACAAAACACAGCAAUACACAAGCGGGGGGGGGGGUAAAUGUGAAAAACGCUUUAACAAAUCAUCGUUGAGCACACCAUUUGGAUGCUGUUGCCUGUAAUUACGAGUAAUGAUAUCCCACAUUAUGUAGGCACGUUAAGCAUGCGCAGAUCUGUAUCAGGACCAGUGGGUAGCAUAGCUGCCUGGCCAUUUAAAAUAUAUUAAAGCAUCUUCCUUAGAAGCUCAAAAUACUCUGAGACGCCACGUGCAGAAACGGAGCCUCAUAAAUUCUUAAUUAUAUGCUUGAACCCCGAUGCAAUCAUUUGCAUGCUCACACACUCGCAUAAACAAUAUGCAUCAUAUUGCUUUCCAGCCAGCUUAAAUACAGCCAUUUAAAAAGACUGCAUAGGCCUGUUUCAUGUUACCUCAUCGGGUUUACUUGCACGACCUUUUGCUUUUUAAUUCAAGGCCAGAUUUGUUCAGAAAUCCAGAGCGCAAUAUUUUUCGCACAUGCUCACAACAAGUCACAGACUACGAUGACAGUUUAGAUUGAGUGAAGUUUUCGACUGUGGUAGAACCGCAAGAACCAGCCUUUGUAUAAAUACCAUUGCAGGGAGUUUGUGGUCACUGUGCAGAUCUCAUCCAGCAAUCAUCAAAGUAUUAAAAUGUAAUUAAUUACAAUGAUGGGUACCCGCAAUCUGAAUUGUUUUACAUAUGCGCAAAGCUUUUAACAUUUGAUUUUGAGCUGUCAACUGUGCAAUAACUUCGUAUGAGAAUUACUGCUUGCCAAAUAGGGUUAUUUAACUGAACACUGGCCCUAUUGCUACAGUGCAUAUUAUUUUGAAACUGUUUGCAAUAAUGCACAUCAUGAAUAGGACAUGUACUGGAACAAACGGACAAGUCUGUUUGCAGUUAAUAUUUUUAAAUGCCUUCAGAUUUCGUUUUCACAACUUACAACGUGUUUACUGGACCUCGGCGGUGGAGUUUUCACAAGUUUCAGCCUGAGGAUGAUGUAAUGUUCAGUUUGCAUCAAAACUGUGGCUGACCGACGCUAUGCAGUAUGGUCAAGAACAGCACAACUACCCCAGACACAGCCUAAGCAGAGCUAAACGGAGAAUGAGUUACGUUUCUUUUUCUUGUGCACUGCAGAAUUGGGAGGCUACGGGUUUGAUUUAAACGAAUCAAGGCAAGUGGACCAAAACCAUAACCGUGAGACUGACUUCCUGACACAGCCUUUUCUCAUUUUCUCAGAAACGCCUGUUAUGAGUUCUGCGAGCCACUAGAGCGAAAUUCAUCCGGCUGCACUAAUCAGCUGUUUUAUUAACGUUUGUUAUGAAAGCAAAUCCUGAUGUGGGACAGGAAUAACUUAAAAGGGUUAGUUCACCCAAAAAUGAAAAUUAGGCUGUGUUUUACUCAC